UUAAAAAAAACUUCCAAGGCUUUGAUUGGAGUGGUUUAUAUUACAUAGCUUGGGGCAUAUGAGAUGACAGUGCUCACGGCUAGAUAAACCAAACUUGUGAUGGCUGUGUACAGAGUAUUGAUAGUAGUUUUUGUGCUUUUUCUGACGUCUAGUUUUGGCGAAUCUUUCCGACUGAAGGCUCGCUUUCCAAAUCAACGAACGAGCGACCACGAAAUAGCAGCGAAGAAAACUAUUUGUCCGUACUGUAAAUACGAAACCAAAUACUACGAACAGAAGUUAGACCACUUCAACUUUGAGAAGAACGAGACUUUCCAACAGAGAUAUUUAGUGAACAGAAAACAGUGGAAGACAGGGGGACCGAUAUUCUUUUACACCGGAAAUGAAGGAGAUAUCACGUGGUUCGCCAAUAACACGGGAUUCAUGUGGGAUAAUGCCGAGGAGUUUGGAGCCAUGCUGGUGUUUGGUGAACAUAGAUAUUAUGGAGAAACGCUGCCCUUUGGGAAAAAGUCCUACGAGAGUCCAAAAUAUCUAGGGUACCUGACAUCAGAGCAGGCUUUGGCAGACUUUGCAAUACUCAUACGUCACAUAAAGGAAUGCUCGCAGCAUGGUUAAGAAUGAAGUACCCAAAUGUGGUUAUUGGUUCCUUAGCAGCAUCUGCUCCCAUUCUGCAGUUUCAAGGAUUAACUCCAUGUGAGGAUUUUUAUCGCAUCGUUACCGAUGACUUUAAUCGCGAUGGAGGCAAACCUUGCACUGACUCGAUAAGAAAAUCUUGGGACAUCAUUAAGAAGCUAAAACCAACAGAAAGUGGUCGCCGAAUUCUUUCCAAGGUGUUUAGACUGUGUUCACCACUCCAAAGCGAAGACAACGUUACUGUGCUUGAAGACUGGCUGAGCGAGACCUGGGUCAACCUAGCUAUGGUUGAUUACCCAUAUGCAGCCAGCUUCCUUGAGCCUUUGCCAGCAUGGCCGAUCAAGGUGACUUGUUCAAAGUUACAAAACGAAGAUCUUCCAGACAUUGCACUACUAGGUGCUAUAGCCGAUGCAGUUGGGGUUUACUACAACAGCACUGGAAAAACAAAGUGCUUUAAUACCUCACAGCAAGCUGUGUCUUCUCUUGGGGAUAAAGGAUGGUAUUUCCAGGCAUGCUCAGAAAUGGUGAUGCCUCUUUGCACGGACGGGAAAAACGACAUGUUUUAUCCUCAAAAGUGGGACUUCGAAAGCUAUGCUAAAGGAUGUCAAGAAUCCCAGAAAGUCACUCCCCUUCAAUACUGGGUAGAGACAGAGUAUGGUGGACGCAGCUUAGAGGCUCACAGCAACAUUAUAUUCAGUAAUGGUCGAUUGGAUCCUUGGUAUGCUGGCGGAGUGACCACGAGUGUAUCAUCUAGUUUAGUAGCUGUUAUCAUAGAAGAUGGCGCCCAUCACUUGGACUUGAGACACAAGAACAAAAAUGACACUCCAUCUGUCAUCCGCGCAAGAGAAAUCGAAAAACAUUACCUACAUGAAUGGAUAGCCACGUAUAACGAAAACGAUACCAAGAAAGUAUUAUUUUGAGCUGAAUUUCGGCCAUUUUGUUAACAUGCCGACAAAAUGACGUCAUCGAAGCAUUCAGCCAAUCAGAAAGCGAAGUUCUUAGUUUAAGUAAAGGGGUUAUUAUAUAAGAGCAGUUUUCGUAUAUGGGGGAAGAGUAAUCGAUCGUACGUACUAUACGGCGUACGGUAUCCUGCCUUAGCUGUAACAACUACGACUUGGGGAAAAAGGAAGCCAUUUCGAUGUUACGCGGCAUGUCGUACCAUGUACGUGGUGAUCGUCAGUACCGCACGUUUCUUACGUACGAAAAUCGCUCUAAGGUUUAUAUCAUUCGUAUUUUCGUUCGUUUCUCAAUUCUGAUUUCCAUCUGCCUUUUUUUUUCUAUUUCAUGCUGAAUUUUUUACAAAUAAACACACCAAACAAACUGAA